AUGGCCACGAUAACCGACACGAUAACAGGAGCACAGAAACCCGACAGGUUGCAUUUCGUCAUUGCAUUGCUCUCGAGGUCCUGGGCCACAAGCUCUACAAUUCCCAAACACCACCCCACUCCCCUCCUCCAUGACCAAAGAGCCGGUAUCGUCGCUGGCGGUCACGCCCUUGAGUUUUUCAACAGGUACAACCGCUGUCAGCGCAAAGGCACCUCCGUCCCCUCCACCUGCCGCCAAUACCUCGACCGCGAUGGCUACAUCAUCCACACCGUUACGGCUAGCCACGACAUGAGCUCCUGGGACCUAAAUUACUUCCUCAUGCGCACCAACUACGAUGGAAUCUCCUCGCCCUCCGCGGCACGGUCCCCGAACAAGACGUCACACCCUCGACCCUGGCGACCUGUGCAGAAAGGUUAA